GCUGCCUCCGUCGCCGCCGCCCUUGAACUUAGGCCACGGCCGGCCAGUCUGGCGAUCCAGGGGCUGCAUGGAGGGGCUGGCGAUCCUCUGCGUGCUGUGGGCCGCGGCGGCGCUCUGUGCCUCGGAGAUCGCAGCGGAAGCCCAGCCCCCACCUGUGACCAAUUUCAGCAUUUCCAUGGAGAACCUCUGUACGAUUCAUUGGCAGUGGAGUCCUCCUGAAGGUGUCAAUGCAACCUGUGAGCUGUGGUAUGAUAGUCAAUUGGGGGACGACAAGGAUUCAAGGGCAAUCAGUUUAAACAACUUUCGGACUGAAGAAGUGGCUCUAAAUGAAAGAAUUUGCCUCCAUGUGAGAACACAGUGCAGUGUGACGAGCACGAAUCCUAGCGAUGCUGUAGAGAUGUGCACUGUGCCCCCAGAAGGUGACCCGGAUUCUGCUGUAACAAGACUGCAAUGUAUUUGGUAUAACCUGAGCCAAAUGAAUUGUACGUGGCUCCCCGGGAAGACGGCACCUCCUGACACAAACUACACUCUGUACUACUGGUACAGCACUCUGGAAAAAAGUCUUCAGUGUACAAACUACUAUACAGAAGGUCAGCUCAUUGGCUGUUCUUUUGAUCUGCUUAAAGAAAAGGAUUCAGGUUCCGAAAAAAUUCAGAUAAUGGUCAAAGAUGCAGCUGGAACAAUUAGACCCUCCUAUAAUAUCACUUUCUUAAAUUCUGUGAAACCCCAUCACCCCGUCAUAACAGCCCUCUCCUUCCAGAAUGACAGCCUAUAUGUGGAAUGGGAAAGUCCAGAAAACUUCGAGAGCAAUUGCUUAGUUUACCAGGUAGAAGUCACGGACAACAAGCCCGAGCUAUACAGA